UCUAUUACUUCCUGGCCAAGAUGGCGGACGCGUCUGAUGAAAUCAUCGAGCAAGAGUCGGUCGCGGAUAAAAUUAGUUUAUGUUUAGUCGAGUAGAUCUCUGAUCGUACUCGUGUAUACUCGCGUACGCUCGCAUACGUGGAAUGAUUUUAUCAAAUUCCUGCAACCCGGCGGAACGUCGGCGGGAAGCCGGUCAACGCACGGCAGGGUGAAUUCGCCAGGUUGGCAAUUCUGGCAGCCCUUUUCCCCUUCGGUGUUAUCUUUUUAGUUAAGUGCAUCCGAGUCGGUGUAUUUACGUUGUCGCGUCUGCCGAGGCAAGCCAGAAUCCCGUCGUGAUCGCGGAGAGGUGCGAGAGGCGUUGGGGAAGAGCCAGGUUGAGCCGAGGAGGGUGGCACCGAAGGCUAUCAUGGAAAACCCGGAGGAGGUGCUACAAGCGUUGGACGAGUUCCAGAAGCUGCGUCCAACGGAGAUUCCACGUGAGCUGGAGGAUUACCUCUGCUGGGUUGCCAAAACCGGAGACCCGGUGUACCAGUGGUCCCUGAUCAAGGCGCUUUUCAGAGAGAAACUCACCAGGGUGAUGACCGACUUCUACGAAAGUUGCCCCAGCCUCGAGCUGACCCCUUGCCCGAACGUCGAGCAUUUCAACUAUGACUCCAUGAAGAGCAACCUUCUCGAGCGACUCGAGUCCUUCGCCAAUGCACCGUUUACUGUUCAGCGCAUCUGUGAGCUACUCACUGCCCCACGCAAGGAGUACAACCGGGUCGACAAGUUCAUGAGGGCGAUCGAGAAGAACAUCCUGGUGGUGUCGACCAGAGAGCCAGGCUCGUCCGCCAGAAGGAGCGAGAACGGGGACAGUAUGGUGAAUGGCUCGGUGGAGGAGGACGCAACGUCCAUGCAGCCGUCCCAUGAAAUCGAGAUGGAUUCUUGGGUCAAGGAUUGCACCACGGUGGCAGGAGUUACUGUCCGCGCUACAGGCGAUGCCUCCCUUCUGGAGACAGUUCUGCCAUCGACGACCGUGGUGAAGAGUUUGCCCGCGGAGGACGACGGGUCGACCCUGGAUAAGACGGAACGAGUCUCAUCCGAAUCCAACUCUUCCCUUCUUACUCAAUUUGUUCCAUCAACGUCAGAAUUUUCCGACGUCGGAAAUUUGAGUUCACAGAUUCAAUUGCAGAACUCUUCGGCAGCGAGUGGUACUCAGAAUCUGUCACCAACGCCAAUGCUCGUUGACGAGGUACCGGAGGCGAUUAUAAACGAAGACACUAGCUCUCAGCCAAGUCUGGACCUGGAGAACGAGGAACAUAGUAGCACUGACCCAGCGCGGAAACUGCAAACAACUUUUCAAGCAAAAGACUUUGUUCCUAAUGACACAAAGUCUAUCAAAAUCUAUUCGGACGAUACGGCACCGAGCACUGACGUCGAGAAGGUCGAUACGCCGAGUGUCGACGAGACGCCAUUGGAUCGGGUGGAAGAUCGAAACGUGUCCGACAAAACCAAGUCGGAAUGCAAAGAAUCUCUGGACCAUCGAGAAUCGAUCUUUCCUAUGGUACAAAAUUUUUUGCAAGCUAGCAUGGAUGUCAAAAUAGCUUCGGAUGAAACUAAGACCACCGUGGAUGGGUCCACGGAUGAAAAUUUAUCCGUGACCACUAAAAGUAUAUGCUUCAUUCCUGAUAACUCAAGUACGGAGAGUAAAGAUUCUCCUAAGGAGGAUAUUAAAUCAUCCAGAGUUUCGUCACCGAAGCCAUUUGAAGAUGAUACGAUUUCACAAGAACCCAGGGAGAACGUGUCGCCUGUAUCCGACGACAAUUCCAGCUGCCAACUAGACACAGAGCAGAGCGACGAAGGGAGGAAAGAAGACAGUUCGCUUUUGGAUAUGUAUUCAAAGACGGAGAAUUUGAAGGAAAUCGACGUCGGUGAUAAAGAAGAUCGAGUCAAGCCGGUAAUAGAAGAACCUCCAUCGGGCGAACCUCCUACCAGUGUGAACGAUCCUUCGACAAGUUCUGUCUUGGAACGUAAUUGCUUGACGAUACAGGAAACUUUGGAGGAUGAUUGCAAAACGACGAAGAGCAUAGUUCCAGAUCCACUGCCAAUUGUGGAAGAACCUAAGGAAUCAGAAUCCCAAGUGAAAAAUUCAGAAAGUUCCACGGUAGUGGUUGAUGUUACCAGUGAAUCAGUGGACCAUGCAAGUGUCGACGAACUCGUGAAUAAAGAUACGAAAUUAGUGGUGGAUUCAACCACAACGGAUGUGGACAGUGAAGAAUUGCAAUCCCCGACUCCACCAGAGAAGAAUCAGUUACCGGAAACGUCAAAAACAACCAAAUGUAGCGAAACCGAAGGAGAUGCGAUGGAAGUGGAUGGCGAGGAGUUGGCUUUGCCUCUCCAUCAUGACGAACCAAUGGAAGAAGAAACGACGGACUUAGUUAAGAGUUAAUAAAGAUAAAUCCAAGCUGAAUUUUAAUGAUACUUUAAGAAGAAGUUGCGAUUGUGUUCAUGAACCUUGAACUGGCUUUGUACGAAAUGUUACUGUACUUGAGAAAGAUGAAAAUUUCCAUGAUCUUUUAAUACUACCGGUGCGUGCUACAAAAUCAUUUAACAAGUAUCAAUUUCAUGUAUGAAACCUUUCCCUUCUUUCAAUGUUUAAAUCAUCGCACAGGUUUUACUUUAUAUCAUUUUAAAAUCAUAUUCAAUUUCAACGGAACAUUUGCUAAAAAAAAAUGUAAGCAUAAAGAAUUUAAUCGAAAGGGAAAAUUGUCUACCAAAAUAUAAACCACGUGAAUAGGUGAAGAUAACAAGUUUGUAGUUAACUUAUAAUUAUGUCUGAAGAGUAGGCAUAUUUUUAAAUACUGCAUGCCCAUGUACACAGAUUGCUUACACUGUUACAUGUAUCGUACAUUAACAAUGACUAACUAUCGAAACAAUUGUAUCGCGAAAUUAUUGGUGCUUCAUAUAUACAUCCACAUUUUGUAAAUAAUUAAAAAUGACAAGGUUCUUAAUGUCGAAAUUUCAAGAUAUCACAUAGUCUGUACUGUACAGCUACAGGAAAUUAUAAUGUUAUAAGAUCGAAAAACGGUGCACUUAUGUGUGCAAAUAAAGAUUUAAACUGGGUUAAGUUUAUAUACAAAUUGUUAAAUUCAGAAAAGCACCUAAAUAUGUGUUUAUUGCUACAUAAAAUACAUGUCCUUGUUAUACUUUUGUAAAUAAUUUCUACUUACAUUUAUCAUAUCUAGAUCUGAAGUUCUUUCAAAUAACAAAAAAAAUUGAAAUAACAAUUGAUAAGGAUUUUUCCCUAAAUUGCCAUCGUCAUCAGUAUGCCUUCGAUAGUUAGUCAUUACUCUUCCUGAACUAACAGGAAUUCAAAUACAGAAAUAGACUAUUGUUAUUAUCGUAUGGUCUAAAACCAAUUGACUGUCUUCGCAUAAUCCAAUAAUUUUUUACGAAUGUAACUUGAUGCUAAUGUGAAAGUCAUGGAGAUGCGAGGAAAGAGCGUAAAAGCAUUUCUUGAAGUAGCGUUGAAAACUUCAAUGUAUGUAGAUUAAGAUCAUGUAAGCUUCUUAAAUCAGAAUAUUUAAAGAAAAAAUAUAUAAGGCUAUAAAUGGAAGGUUUUAUAGCAAAACAAGAUCAGUAAUGGAUUAAUUUAAAAAUCAUUAAAUUAAUAAUUGUUCAAGUGCAGACAAUUUAUGACAGCUAUGUACAUUAUUUUAUAGCAAAAUACAUGGAGAUUACUGCCAGAA